GGCAAGUCUAGUCUACAGGCCCAUUAAGAACCCAUAUGAAGCCUGAAGCAUUUUAGCAGAGCAUAUAUAAAGCCACCCUCUUUGCUAGGCCGCUCUCAGACUGAAAUCUAGGGUUUUUGCUUCUUCAUUCGUCUCUCUUCUAAAUCAACCUAUUUCUCAAAGAUGACCAAAAGAACCAAGAAGGCGGGUAUUGUUGGGAAGUAUGGUACACGUUAUGGGGCUAGUCUUCGGAAGCAGAUUAAGAAGAUGGAAGUCAGUCAGCACAGCAAAUACUUUUGUGAGUUUUGCGGCAAGUAUGCUGUGAAAAGGAAAGCAGUGGGAAUUUGGGGAUGCAAGGACUGUGGCAAAGUGAAAGCAGGCGGUGCUUACACAUUGAACACUGCAAGCGCUGUUACUGUUAGGAGUACUAUCAGAAGGUUGAGGGAGCAGACUGAGAGCUAGAUGUGAACUUGAUACGUGAAUGGUAUAACCCUUGACGGAAAAUGCUUUAGAUUGAGUGAGAUUUUCUUUUUAGUCAAUUUUGAUGUCUGGGUAUGCACCUUGAACUAUUAAAACAAAAUUUCCUUGUGGUGAUGAACUUUCUUGUUAUUUUACAAAUCAUUUUGGGUCAUUUUGUUGUGUUGUGCUUUUCUUGUUCUUUUGUUGCUAAGAAAGUUUUUUUUUUUGGUCAGAAAGUUCAAAAUUGGGAUGGGAUUUCUUUCUUGUUCA